ACCCCUGUCGGCCGCAUGUACGCCCUAUACGUUUCCACCUAAGAAUUAUCCAAACUUCAGAUCCCUUUUUCUUUCCCCCCUUCCCAGUCUGGCCUUGCACACAGUCUUACCAUGAAGAACCAAAGUGAAGCGUGUUUACCCGAAGAGAUUGAACCGCUGAACAAUGACGCAGAGUCAUUUUCACGACCCAAACAUGGAUCAUCUCGAAGAUUGAAGCUUGUCAUUGCUCUGCUCGUCGUCUCGAUAUUAUUGAACAUUGGCCUUAUAGUUAAUAGUCUUCGAAGAAAAGAUACGCGGCUAGACUUUUCACCAUACGCUCACCUACCUCGAGAUGUCCCAACCAAGUACAACUCACAUUCUCCCUUCGGAACGGGGAGCACCACCGAAGAGCAACGAGCACUCGCAUGGGAAAGCAUGGACUCGAGCGCGGGAGAGAUAAGCCUAGACAAAGAAUGGGCAGAAGCACACGAUCUACCCUCGUCGGCGCCUUUCUUCUGGGACGAAGGUCGGCAGAUCUAUCUGCUGAACGCGCAUCACAGCCUCCACUGUAUGCGCAAAGUCCGCCGCGCGAUCGUUCUCUACCACUACAAGCGCCCGCAGCUAGAUUCGUACAUACACCUAGUGCACUGCAUGGACCACCUAAUGCAGAACAUCAUCUGCGAAGCGGACGACACGCCGUUCUACACAUCGACGACGUCGAACAUCACCACGGGGCUCGGACAGACGCGUAUGUGUCGCAGCUGGGACCGGUUGACGGAAUGGGCCAACGAGAACACGGCGUGUUUCGCGUACAUCAACGAGACGCAGGGCGUCGACGCUGUUAUCGAGCGCUUCAGAUACUGUCCGCGCGGGAGCUCGCUACUGGAUCCUAUGAGGAAGUACUUUGGGUAUACACAGGAUUGGUUCCUGGAGAGGCCAGGGGAUAUCGAUUCCUUGCCGCGGUACUGGGAGGGAUUGGAUGAGGAAGAGAGACGUUAGGAGAAGGGGAGAAGGUGGGGUGGGACAU